AUGUCGGGGCCCGGCGAUAGAGAUACAGGCGGCAGGCCGCCUUACUAUCAGUACCAGUUCGAUCUGUACGCGAAAGCCAUUAUUAUGGGCGAGAAGCCGAUCGUCACGACUGAUCCCAACAAGCUUGAGGAGCAGGCGAGGGGGAAGAUGACGAAGGAAGGGUUCAAUUAUGUGUUCGGCGGCGCCGGAGAGCAGUCAACGAUGCAAGCCAACCGCCUGGCCUUCAGGCAGUGGAAGCUCAUUCCCAGAUUCCUGCGGCCGACAGUACCGAGGGAUCUGCGAGUCGAGCUGUUUGGCAAGACAUACGACUGCCCCAUCCUCAUGGCACCCGUCGGCGUCCAGUCCGCCUACCACGAGGACGCGGAGAUCGGCGUCGCGUCCGCCUGCGCCGAGCUGGGCGUUCCCUUCAUCUAUAGCACCGCUAGCAGCACGGCACUCGAGGACGUCGCCACCGCCGCGGACGCCGCCUUCGCCGCCUCGUCCGACACCAGCACCGGCCGCGCCCCGCGCUGGUUCCAGCUAUACUGGCCCUUGUCCGACGAAAUCACGGCGUCGCUUCUCUCUCGCGCCGUCGCCGCCGGCUGCGACGCCCUCAUAGUGACGCUCGACACCUUCAGCCUCUCGUGGCGGCCCUUGGACCUGGACGCCGGCUACCUGCCCUUCGCGACGGGCACCGGCAACGCGCUGGGGUUCUCGGACCCGGUCUUCCGGCGCCGCUUCGCCGCCGACUCGAGCGGCGACACCCCCGAGGACAACCCUCUCGCGGCGUCGCGGGCCUGGACGUCCGAGGUCUUCUCGGGCGACGCGCACUCGUGGUCCGACCUCGCGACCCUGCGGCGGCUCUGGGCCGAGGCCGGCGGCGCGGGCCCGGUCCUGCUCAAGGGCGUCCUCUCCGUCGACGACGCCGCGCUGGCCCGCCGCGCCGGCGUCGACGGCAUCGUCGUCAGCAACCACGGCGGCAGGCAGCUCGACGGCGCCGUGCCGGCCCUCGAGGUCCUGCCCGAGAUCGUCGACGCCGUCGGCGCCGACAUGGCCGUGCUGUUCGACUCGGGGAUCCGCACCGGGGCCGACGUCAUCAAGGCGCUGGCCCUCGGCGCCAGGGCCGUCCUGGUCGGGAGGCCCGUCAUCUACAGCCUGGGCAUCGCCGGUGGGAAGGGCGCCAAGGCCGUCCUGGCGGGCUUGCUCGCCGAUCUGGAUCAGUCCAUGGGGCUUGCUGGGGUGCAGAAUGUCGGGGAACUCAAGAGAAAUAUCUUGAGGAGGGUUCAGUACGGGGGUGAUGUCAAGUCAUCCCUCUGA